AUGGCUGGUUCGCGGGAACAAGCUGCUGCCAUGGAAUUGGCUGGCUACAGGUCUAAAGAGGCGCCUGUCGUGGAUGACCAGGAGAUGGGAUCAGAGGGCGCUGAUCUAGCUCGUAUUGAGCGUGUCUACAAAAAAAUCGAUCGCAGAAUUAUUCCACCAUUUUGGUUACUCUAUUUCCUCUGCUCGGCCAUCCGCUCUAAUGUUGGCCUGGCACAAACGAUGAACUCGGCACAAGGUCAUGACCUUUCCGACGUGCUCAAUCUGACACCCAAGCAAGUUUCCACCGGUCUGGCACUCUUCUACGUCUGCUACGUCGUCUUCGAUUGUCCUUCGAACCUCAUAAUGUCCAAACUGAGUCCGCACGUGUGGAUGAGCAGAAUCGUGCUAAGUGUUGGCAUCAUCGGCACUUGCAUGACAGCUAUGAAGGCAGCUUGGAGUCUUUAUCUGUUGCGACUGCUGUUGGGUAUUGUCAUCGCUGGCAUGUGGCCUGGCAUGACCUACUACCUCAGUUUAUACUACCCGCCCUCGCGCUGCGCGAGACGUAUUGGACAUUACUACACUGCAGCACAAUUAUCGGCAGCUGUUGUUGGUCUCGUCAGUGCUGGCUUCCAAAAGAUGGACGGGCUUGGGGGUCUUGUGGGUUUCCAAUGGAUGUUCCUGAUCUACGGCUUGUUGGCAGUCAUCCUCGGCAUUGUCUUACUCUGGUGGCUGCCCGAUCGCCCUCAUCCUCCUGGUGAGAAGAUUGAACAACCCGUUGGCUGGAGACGUCUUUUGCCACGAAGCCCACCUGUUCUGACAGGGGAGGACGCUCGUAUCCACUACGAAGAACUAACAAGAGUCUACCAUCGCCCCUCAUGGGGAUGGAAAGACUUGGGCCGUGUGCUCAUCGACUGGCGCCUCUGGCCGUUGGUCAUCAUGUACUUUGGCGUUGUCGGCGUUGGUAUUGGUGUCCAGAGUUAUGGUACCGUCAUUAUCCACGCCAUCAACCCUAGCCUCAGCAGUAUCAACCUGUCCCUCCUCUUCGCGCCCAUCUGGAUCAUGGACCUGAUCGCCAUCCUCCUCAUCACUCCUCUCAGCGACCGCUUCCACACCCACCGCUUCCUCAUCUUCAGUCUAUCCUGUUGUGUCAUCCUAGCCGGCCUCCUCACCACCACAUUCGCCGGCGCCAAUGACAGCUGGUCCAGAUACGGAGGUCUUCUGAUCAUCGGUUUUGGUCUUGGUCCCACUGUACCGACUAUCAUGGCAAUGAGCACUUCCAUCUUCCAGCCUCGUCACGGCGAAGUCGGUAUCGCUGCAGCUUCAGCUCUUGUCUCUGGUCUUGGUAACCUCGGUUCUAUUUUGACCACUUAUGCACUGUAUUCUGGUUGGCCUGAAGACGCCAAGGGUCCUCACAAGUACAGAAAGAGCAACUUGGUCAUGGUCGGUAUGGUGUGUGCUAGUAUCGUGGCUAGCGGUGUAAUGGUGUUGCUGCUCAGAUGGACUAGAACGGAGGGGGCACAGGCCAUGGAGGAUGCUGUCGAGAACAAGGAUAUCAUGAUUGAUGGAGCCGCGAAGAGAGAGUUGAGAGAGCUCAGAGCACAGCAAGGAUUCAGUCUCGACAGACUGAAGAUACACAGAUAG